AAUGUAUGACUUGUUUUAUUCUACAAAAUGCUGUUUAUUGGAUUCUUGAUAAAUUAUUUAUAUAAACAAAUAUAGGAUUUAAGUCAAAGUUACUGACUUCUGCAGAAUUUGUAGUCGAAACUCUAGCUCUGCCCAUGGUUUUGGACAUUGGUUCUGUGCAGUGGCGGAGCCACAGCCGACGAAGGGUGGUCAGAUGACCACCCUUUGUCGGAAUUUUUUUUUGAGUAUAUAGAUGCAGAUGUAAGUCCUCUUUUGGAGAAAUGGGAUCAUCCAAAUAUUGCUCAAGAUGAAGGUGUAGCUCAAGUUGUUAGACAAUUGGAUCAGGCUUGUAGAGAAGCUGGAUUCUUUUAUGUGAAGGGCCAUGGCAUCAAUGUUUACCUUAUGAACGAGAUUAAAAACAUUACGCGCGAAUUUUUUCGUCAGCCUAUUGCGGAGAAAAACAAGAUCAAACUUUCUGCAGAAACUGGAUAUAGGGGAUAUCAAAAAAUUGGAGAGAAUAUAACCAAAGGGAAACCUGAUAUACAAGAAGCUAUUGAUUGCUAUAGAGAAGUGAAACAUGGGAUGUAUGGAGAUCUUGGAGCUGUUAUGCAAGGAUCCAACAAAUGGCCAAGUUAUCCUCCAAGUUUCAAGCAGGCAAUGGAGGAGUAUAUUGACCGCUGCACAGACCUAUCACGAAAGAUAAUGAGAGGAAUUGCUCUGGCAUUGGGUGGAUCAGCGGAUGAAAUGGAGGGUGAAAUAGGUGGUGAUCCAUUUUGGGUCUUGCGAGUAAUUGGCUACCCUGCUGCGUCCAUUUCAAAUGGACAUGAUAAGCCUGAGAAUGAUGUUGGAUGUGGCGCCCAUACAGACUAUGGGCUAUUGACAUUAGUGAACCAGGAUGACGAUAUCGUUGCGCUUCAGGUGAGAAACAAAUCGGGCGAGUGGAUAUCAGCACCACCUAUCCCUGGCACAUUUGUGUGCAAUAUAGGAGAUAUGCUGAAGAUCUUAUCAAAUGGAAUUUAUGAAUCAACGUUGCACCGGGUCAUCAAUAACUCUCCCAACUAUCGUGUUUGCGUGGCCUACUUUUAUGAGCCUAACUUCGAUGCUGCAAUAGAGCCACUGGAUGUGUGUUUAAAGAAGACUGGUGGCACCAAGAAUUUUGAAGGAGCUGUUUAUGGGAAGCAUUUGGUCAGCAAAGUCACCACCAAUUUUAUUCUGUAGGCCAAGACCGACUUUACCCCUCCUCCUUUGGUUGGUUAGUUCAACUGGUUUUAGUAAACAAUUCAGUACUGGAUGGACAAUGUAACUCAUGCUUAAUUAAUAGUAUAGCUUUUCAUCUGUUCCCCCCCCAACCAAAAAAAAAGUAUAGGCCUCAGCUUCCCUACCCCCCCCCCCCCCCCUUUUCCCUACCCUCAGAAAAGUAAAUGGAAAAAAAGGAAGGUUCCAUUCCUCAAAGAGAGUAUCAAUUUGACCGGUCCAGAAUUUAACUAAGAUAUUUUGGGCAAAAAUGAUAUAUGGAACAUUUGAACUUCACUCUUGUUUUGCCACCAAUAGUUACCUUCAUGUUUGAAGGAGCAUUUUAGGAAUCCAUAAUGUUCUUCCUUUUAUAUUACCACAAUAUUAUUUUGUCUUUUGGCACGUUCA